GACUCUGUCCCACCUCUUGUCAGCCAACUCUAAUCCACAAAUCCUUAUCAGGGUCACUGAGACUCAAUGACACAGUUAGUUACACUCAAUACCUGCAGGGGACACCUGUCUGGAUAUAUUCUGAUAACAUUGAAUUUCCUCUUGACGCUUGAUGUGAUAAAUCUUCAGCAGCUGUGAGCAGCCAGCUUCCAGACAUUAGAAAGACGCAGUAGUUUAAGGACUGCACGUUACAACAACAACUUCAACAGGUAAGUUAGAUUAAACUGAGUGAGCUGUAAAUAUCUUGUUUGGGCAAUCAGAUGUCAUAAUAUAUGAAUACGAAGCAUUUUUAUGUUUUCCCAUAUCAUCUGAAUCUGUCAAACAGAGGAUGGAAAUCAAAUUUUCAAAGGAAAUGUUGAAACGAUAAUGAAUACAGUGAAUAAAACAUUUGGCCAGAGGGCUGAUUAUUCCUGUUUUACAUACUGCAAAUGAAAAACUGUUUGUGUCGGACAUGAUCUGAUGCACACUUUAGCAAAGACUGCCUUUUGUAUUUCUCUUUUGUAAAGAGGUUUGAGUCAGACACUGAUUUCAUGCAGUAUUUACAUACAAGUGACAGAAAACAAACAAAGACAUAUUUUUCAGUUAUUUGCAGUUACUGUCAUGAUUUUUGAAUCCAAUGAGUGUUUCUUGGAAUAGGACUAGUUGACAUCUUCAAGCCUUGUUUUGCCAAACAUCGUAGAAAACUGUAAAUUAUAACCACCAUUGUAGGAGCCAAAUAUGUUGAUGUGAUACCAUAGUAUGAGUUGCAGUUCACUUUGUAUGCCUUGGGUGUCACUGUCCUGUUAUCUGGGGGCUCAGGAAUAAAGGUAGCCAUGUCACUGUUGUGGGCAGGUGAUUGACCCAGAAGGGCAAAAGGUUUUUGACCGCUGUGGCUCUAACUGCCGGUGUUUUUCUUGUUUGGUCACUGUUUGAUAUCAUUGGAAAAUGGAUUCGGUUAUGUUCACUGCAAUACAUUUUUGUUCGCUGCAUCUGAGGAACAGCGUCCGGACUUUCACUGAUCAAAUCUCACGGUAAAACUCAGUAGCGCGGCGCAUCAACCAGGUAACUCUGGGUCAAGCAUCUCAGUAGCUUAAAGCAUCGACUUAGCUUCAGCAACCAUAGUCAGGAUCUUUUGUUUGGAUCAACUUUUGCAACCUCUAUGGACAAAGAUGUACCUCAUAUCUUUUUGCUGCUUUGGUCUGUACUUAUAAAAGACAGUAUUUUUGACCACAAUCUUUCUUUUUCCCCCAUCCUUCAGCAACAGUCAAAUAUAUCAUACACUUUGAGUUUUUGGUUUUUAAAGGUUGGUACUUAAGCAUGCUGUCAAUCAUCCGGCUUGACUCAGCCAUGCAGCCCAUCACUCAUCCAUAACUCAUAUUGAUGACAGUCCAAUUUACCUAUACAGCUGAUUAAGUCUACUUUCUGUAGGUUUACGUGUGUAGAAACAACAAGUAUAAUCGUUUGAGCAUUUCAUUCUUCUACAUUUGUUUUUAAUGCCUUAAAUGUCAUGAUUGCUCUAGUUUCCACUCAUGAGGGCGUUGUGGAGUCAUGUUUUGUGUGUUUGGAGUCUCUCUCUCCUUCACAGAGGUUGGGCGGAUCCUCACCAGCACUGGCUCCUCCUGCACCUGAUUCACCACCUGCUUUUAAACUCUGGUAUCUCGGACAGCUUCUAGAGAAGUUAUUUGCUAUAUUGUUAAAGUUUACAUGUGAAGGUUUUUGCCAUUGAUUAAUCCCCACUCUCCUCCUUUCUCCUCCAGUACCUCCACCAGUCACCAGUGUCUGCCCAACCUCUGACACACCUCCUCACAGAUUCACCCACCUGCAGUUUCCCCAAACCCACACACUGCCUCCCCUUCCUCACCACAGAUCUCCUCCACUUUCUGGACCUCAGAGCUCACUUCACCUGCACAAUCGAUUAUCAAUAAAGCCUCUUUAAGCUUCUACUGCCUCCCUUACCUGCUUUUGGGUCCCUCAAGAACGAUUUGCAACAAAUCCUCACAGAAAAAUCCAUCUAUCCAUUUUCUACCACUUUUUUCGUUGGGGGGGCUGGAGCCUAUCCCAGCAUCUUGGGGCGAAGGCAGGAGACAACCUGGACAAGUCGCCAGUUCAUCGCAAGGCCGACAUAUAUGCUGCACUCCAGAUACCUCGGAAGUCAGAAGUCCGAGCUGGGAAUGACGUCACACCCGAGUUACCAGUGGAGUUGGAAGAAAGCAAAAUUGAAGGCAGAGACAAGAUGGCUACAUCUAAGAAAGUUAUUUUAAUGCUUGCCCUGUCCGAAUAUAAGCAAGGACAAGGUAAGCAAUAAAAUAACUUUCAUAGUUGUAGCCAUCUUGUUUCCACCUCUGAUUUUGCCUUUUUUACGACUUGGUCACUGAAAUGCUGGUAACUCGGAUGUGCUUCAUUCUCAGCUCGGACAUCUGACUUCCGAGGUAACUUGAACGCAGCAAUAGAAGCAAACAACCAUCCACACUCACACCUACAGGCAAUUUGGAAGUGACCAAGUAACCUAACCCCACUUCUGCAUGUUUUUGGGAUAUGGGAGGAAACUGGAGUAAACCCACACAGACACACCCUGACCCGGAUUCAAACCCAGGACCUUCUUGCUGUGAGGCGUCAGUGCUAACCACUACACUGCUGUGCUGCCCCUCGCAUAAAAUGAUAUUUAAAUGAACUUUUAUUGUUUUUUUGCAGCUUAAUCUUGUUUUUACUGUCAAUAUAAAGAUCAACAAAUGGCCUCAGGUUUGGAUGAGGAAUCAUGUAAAGUGAAUGGGUGGUUAUGCUAACAGAAUUGCGACAGGAUGAGCAGGACCCUGACGAAAAAUGGAGGGAUCCUGCCUCACUUCAUUUAGCUUUACCUCUUCUUCCUAAAGCUGCACCUGGCACAACUUUAAACACAAAUAACACUGAUUUCACAGCUGUUUUCCGAACUAUAAGUCACACUUUUUUUUCAUAGUUUGGCGAGGUUUGCAACUUAUACUCAGGUGCGACUUAUAUAUGUUAAAGUAUAUGCUGACAGGCGCUAGAGGGCACUCAAGGCUGGUGUACCAGUAUCUGCUACUCCUGUACCACUGAAGAUUUAAAAAUUAAUGUUGACUGAUAUUGACAACUGAGAAAGACUAAGCACGAAUGCUGCCAAAAAGAAAAUCAUACUCUGUAGUAGUGAAAUAUGCAGCCGAAAAGGGCAAUCAAACAGCAGAGAGAGAGUUGGAGUGAGGGACUGGCGAAAAGCAGAGGUUACUCUUACUGUGUUGAAGAAAACAAAAAAAGCUCAUCCUGGGCUAAAGCUAGAUGGCUACAUUAUUAUUAUAAUUUGCCUUUCGAGGGGAAAUGUCUGUUCUUGGUCUUGGAUUUUGUAAAAAUUAAAUUUCCCCCCAAAAAUGUGACUUACACCGGUAUAUGUUUUUUCUUCUUUAUUAUGCAUUUUUUGGCUGGUGCGACUUAUAGUCCUGAAAAUAAGGUAAUUCGACAUGGUCAUAAACAUAUUUAAUCUGUAUGAUCUAGUCAGCCACCCCUUGGGUAUCAUUAUGAAUUACACCAGCAGGAGGCCCAUCCACAUCAGCAGCAGCAUCACACACGGUUUCAUUGUGUGUUUUUACAGGGUAAACUGCAGAUCAGCCACCAUGACCACUUCAAGCAUCCUUCGCCACCCUACAGCGCCACCUCGCACUUCAGCACAACUCACUGAGGAGCCCAGCAGAGAUGACCUGUACGCUUCUCUCUAAACUGAACACUUUCAAUUCACCAAUGAGGAAUAUCAAGACUUUUCAGUUAAUUGACUUUGUGUCUCUUCUGCUCUUUUUGUCCCACAAGUGUUCCUGAAUCUCAUUUCCUUCAUCAGUCCAACAUGAAUAACAGCAACAACAAUGAAGAGUGAGUGGGUUUAUGGAGUCAUUAGAGCACAUCAAAAAGAAACUGUGAGCCUCAAAGUCAUUAAAGUAAGAAGGACUAAAUGUGUUAAUUAAUCAGUUUCUGGGGAGAAAAUGAAGAAAAGGAAAAAGGAGGAGAAGAGAGAGUCAUUAUGCUUUUCUACAAAACCUUUUGUUUAUGAUGGGUUUGGAGGAAGAGUUGAUGAUCAGUAUUCUCAUUUGUGCUGAUGCACUUACAGAGAGAAGGAGAAGAGAGAAAAGGAGAAGGAAAAAGAGAAAGAGGACAAAGAGGAGUAAGUGAAUCGGUCAGUUCAACUACCUCAGGGCAGCUUCCAGCACGUCUUAAUUUGCUUUUGUUUUUUUAUCUCUCUGUUCGCAGGCCCAAAGAGUUAUUCGUCUUCAAUCCUGCUGGGACUCUGUAUUACAACUGGCUGUUCAUCAUAACACUACCAGUCAUGUAUAACUGGACCAUGAUCAUAGCCAGGUGACUUUUGGAAAUGUUCUUCUCUCACAGUAAAAAGCUCCCUGCAGGAAAAAUGUUUGAUGAUUCCAUUCAGCUACAUUAAGCAGCACUAAUUAAACCUCGCUGCAAAUCAUGAUAAUUUCCUCAUUUGGCUGACUUUAACUGAGAGAAGCUGGGCUCUUUUGUAAAAGCUUGUGGCUAAUCCACUUUGAUUUGCGUUGAAUACACUACAGUACGGUGAAUGUGCUUGACAUGGUUAAUUUAAUGUCCUCUCCUACAAACAGGGCCUGCUUUGAAGAGCUGCAGCACAACUACAUCAUUUAUUGGGUCUUUCUGGACUACACUUCAGAUUUAAUCUACCUGGCUGACAUGUUUGUGCGGACCAGAACAGGUAAAACCCUGAGCCUGUUAAAGGGAUACUCCGGCGUAAAAUUAAUUUAGGGUCAAACACACCGUAACACCGAGUUAGACACCCCCUCCAGAGAUGAAUGUUGCCGACCGCUUGCUUCUCUAGUUAUAUCAACUUUAGUAAUACACAGCAGUCUAAGGAGCCAUAAACAAACGUCAACAAUAGUACAAAUAGGGUCCUAGCCAUAGUACUAGUCACCAAACAUCUUUUUAGCUUUGUCUGAUUUCUUUAGCAAAGAGAUUAAACGCAACUCACCUACUCUCUUCCAGCAGCCACUUGUUUGUACGGAGACCUCGGACGAGUCCAUCACGAUUGCAGCAGGGUGACGCAGCUCAAGGAAGAACAUUUAUGAUACUUUCUUCAUGGAAAUGCAAUCAGACCGAGAUGCUAAGACAGAAGAACAACCGCAUCUACAGUGCAAAUUUAUUAAUAUGGUGAUUAUUACUUCAAGGAAAUGAUAAAAAAAUGAUCAUAAAUGUUCUUCCUUGAGCUGCGUCACCCCGCUGCAGUUGGUGAUGGACUCGUCCGAGGUCUCGCUACAAACAAUCAGCUGGUGAAAGAAAUUAGAACCUUGAACCCUAAGAAAUUAGGCAAGGUUAAAAAGAGAUUUGGUGGCUAGUGCUAUAUGUACUGAGGAUGAAGUUAGGUGCUGUUCUGAGCAUUAUUUGGUUGAGGUUUGUUUAUGGCUCCUCAGACCGCUGUGUAUUGCUAUCGUGUGGUCAUUACCAAAGUUAGUAUAUCCAGAGAAGCAAGCGGUCGGCAACAUUCAUCUCUUGAGGGGAUGUCUAACUCGGUGUUACAGUGUGUUUGACCCUAAAUUAAUCUUACGCAGAAUAUCCCUUUAAGAUGAGCAUGUUUUAAAAAAAGCUGGGAGGGAUGGAUUCAUCAUAUUUGUUACACACCUGCUUAAAACCAAAGCUCAUUUUUAUAUCAAAGUCAUACUUACACAGUCUGAGCUGUAUAAACCACAGGGAAAUUGCCUCGUCAGGUUUUUCUCUUGUCAGCACAAAAUUCUCUUUUAGUGUUAUCUCCCUAUAUAAGAAAAUGCUAAAAUGCUGUCCUGGGAAUCAUUAAGAGGAUAUUCUCUGCUAAAAAGACUAACUCUGGGAGAUAUCCUCCUCUUUUCACUAAUCUGGUCUGCUGAAGCCUCAAAUUAACUUCACUGAACUUGAAAAUGCAUUUUUGCUCAUAAAUUGAAAGCAGCUGUGAGUUUUGUCCCUGGUCACCUUUCACUGCAAACACAUUAAGGAAGGAUUAAAGCAGAAAAUAAAGAACUGUUUUAACAUAUAUCGGGACAGAAUGGUACAAAAGAGGAUUAGGGCCACAUGAAGAGAAAAAAAAUUAUUACAGGAAGGAGAUUAUGGUCGAAAUUUCAAGAUUAAAGUUGAAAUUUCAAGAUUAAAAAAAUUGAGAUUAAAAAUGAAAUUUUAAGAUUGAAGCCGGAAUUUCGAGAUUACAAAAUGUGUAGAUGUUGUGAAUAAUGUUGAAAUUCAAGAUUUAAAAAAUUCAAAUUUUGAGAUUAAAAUCAAAAUUCUGAGAUUAAAGUCGACAUGAACAAAGUCAAAAUUUCAACUUUUUAAAAUUUCAACUUUAAUCUUGAAAUGGAAAUUUAAAAAAUCUACCUCCUGUAAUCAUUAUUUUUUCUUCUUGUGGCCCAAAUCCUCUUUCGUAGAAUUAUGAUGUAUAUCGUAUUAGGUAUUAAAGAAUAAUAAAAGCUAUUGAUCAACACUGAAGUGCACCAAAGCAAACAAACAUUUUAAGCAUAAGGGAGAAGUUCUCCCGCCACUAGAUGUCACAAACUCUAAUUUUUACCUGUAUGUGACCCUAUAUUUCAAGUUUUGACCAACAUGAGUCAUGACUUUUAUAAUAAGGCUUUUAUGGGUCACUCAGAGUCUGAUUUACAAAGAAAUGGAUUGCAGUUGCUAAGUGUACCACAAUAGAUUAUGCGCCCUUCACUCUUGCUCUCUGCUUCGUCUCAAGGCUCUAUUCAAAUAUUAAAAAUGGUAAUAGUAUUCAAGGACAAAAACUCCCUACAAAAGUUUUGGAGUCAACUCUGUGCAGUUGACUUGAGCUUUGUAUUUUAUCAUGACUGAGAUGAGCUGCAGGCAUCCCCCUUACCCUCCUGCACAGAGCAGCCCUGUGUACUCUGAUAAUGAUGGUACUGAAGUAGAUCCAUGUGUAUGAGGAGCUGUACAGAGAGCUGGAUGGAGAGGGAAGUUUCUUAACUAUCUAUUGUGAAGCACUUGGUUCACAACAGCUCAUUCAGAACAAAAAACAAACACUGUCAUGUGUAAUAGGACAGCGCAGCAGGUACUUUAUGUGUUUGGAGGGAAGCUUCGCCACAGACUACCCCAGGCUGAUUUAACUCCUGCUUUUUGCAAAAACAAUAUUUUCUAAGGUAUAGAAAGAGACCUUAUGCACAGAUAUAUCAUUUCUGGGUCAUUCUGAAGUUGCCUCGAUGACUGAAGACUUUGCAGACAGGUAUUUCACUCUAUGUGGGGCUAUUGCCACCAGUGUUGAUUUGUUUUUUACAAUAAGGUUUAUUUUUAUGAAGAGAGGCAUUUAUUGCUUCAAAUAAAUGCAUUAUGGGGCUCGGCUAUAAUCGAUUCACAGAGAUGGUGUUCACUCCGAAGCUCCCCUGCAUACUAACAGGCUCAGUUAAGUCCUGCUACAGUCAUACCUCAAUCAGCCGGUUUAGACUUCUAUUCUUGCCCCGAUGCACAGGCCCUCUGUGAGGAUCAGUUGCGUCUUAGCGGCAGACGGAGAAUGGCAGUAUGCUCUCUUUCAGCCAGUUACUACACAGCCUUCUUCUGACUGGUCUAUUGCAUCACCUGCCAAAACAAGAAGUCAAAGAGAGGCAAGCUGGUUAACUGUCAAACAGUGAACAAAUAGACAACUUUACAGCCCACGACAGCUUUGCCUGUCAUCCUGUUUAAGUUUUUUUUGCUUCCAUCUACAAUUUUGUGCCAUUCAACUUUUGGAUCAAAGCCACGUGUGACCGCACACUGGAGCAUAUACAACAUGUACACUUUAAAAGAACCGUAGUCCAUGACCUGUUUGGAAUGGUUUGAAAGUUAAAACAACCUCCAGUGUGGACCAAACAAGUGAACUCUGGUCCGCUUGAAAACAGGGGCUUUCAACCCUUUUUCAUCUCAUUUGAAGUGUAAAAAACAGUCUUUUAAGCCAUAAAGUGAACCUGUGUUAUCAUGGAAACAGGUUGUAAUCACUCACUUUCAUCAGUGAUGCUGCUCUACCUGCUUCUCAUAGUGGGCGACUUCUUGCUUCUGAACUCAGAAGCAAAGCAGACCUUAAGACUGUAUUCAGCCGCUGUUGCUCCAUUGUUUGUUUAUAUGGUGGACAAGCAAAAAAGGAUGGAUUUCCGUUAUCUGUUCUGGCCAAUAGAUGAGCCGUUUUCUUCACCAGUGCCUGUAACACUACAAACUGUCCCAACGUACUUUUGAACCACACAUUUCUACUGUCAAUGAGAGAAAGGAAAGCUGAAAAAGACACCAUGAAUCACUCAAGCACCUGAUUAAAGUUUCUUGUUUCAUCACAAAGUAUGUAGACAUUUUCUUUUCCACUAAGCGGUGUUUAAACUCCAUUCCAUCCCAUUGCAUUAGCCAUUCUCCGUUUCCUUUAUGUGGUUUUUUCAGUUGCUUGUUUUCCCGGUUGAGAAAUCGAUUUGUCGGAAAAGAAUUAACACGGUCUCUUGCUUUUCCUCUACUUCUUCAAAAAGUAAAAGAAAAAGCUUUAAAGUAAACAAACUGACUUCUAUAAAAAAAUGAGUCUCUGGUCAGACCAGUAUCCUUCGUGUUGGUCUGUUGUACAAAGAUAGUGAUGCUGUGAUUAGUCAAUCUGAAUAAAGAGUUCAGCACAGCCAUGUGAUAAAAAAGUAAUAAAAAAUGGAUUCAGACCCUUUUUCUGAGACUUAAAGUCCGAAAUAACACCUUUUGAAGUUGUGAUCUUUCCUCUUCUUUAAAUGCAGGUUACCUUGAGCAAGGAUUGAUGGUUAAAGACGAGAAGCUGCUGAAGGAUCGGUACGUAACCAGCCUUCAGUUUCGGCUGGAUCUUAUCUCCAUGCUGCCCACUGAUGUCCUCUAUUUAUACUACGGCCUUGACUACCCAGAGAUCCGGAUCAACAGGCUGCUCAGAAUCAGUCGCAUGAUGGAGUUCUUCACAAGGACAGAAACCAAAACCAACUACCCUAAUAUCUUCCGUAUUGCAAACUUGAUCAUGUACAUCCUCAUUAUCAUCCACUGGAAUGCUUGCUUCUACUUUUCUUUCUCCAAAUCAAUCGGCUUUGGUUCUGAUGAUUGGGUUUACCCAGCUGUGGAUAAUCCAGACGAGCCUGCGUUCGGGCAGCCCAUGAGGAAGUAUGCAUUCAGCCUUUACUGGUCCACACUGACCCUAACAACCAUCGGGGAAACUCCACCACCAGCCUUGGACUCGGAAUUUGUAUUUCAUGUUGCCGACUUUUUGGUUGGUGUCCUAAUCUUUGCAACCAUUGUGGGAAACAUCGCCACUAUGAUUUCUAAUAUGAAUGCUGCCCAAGCUCAGUUCCAGGCCCGGAUUGACAACAUCAAGCAGUACAUGCAGGUAGAUCAUAGAUUUUAUAUAAAAAUGUUUGUUUCCUCUUUGUUUGGAGUAUCAAGGGAAAAUGGCAAAUUAUAUACAGUCCUUUUGUCAACCAUGAUACUGUGGUUCCACUGCUUGCAAAAUAAAGUCUGAUUUUUGUAGAGCUGUUGGUUUCAAGUCCACCUCCAUGUUAGACAGAUGGUGAAGCAGCAGGUGUGAUAAGAUGACAACCUGCUAUAGACUAGUCCAAACAUGCCUUUGCUGUCAACCAGUUUAGACAUGUACUCAUAAUAAUGGUUUUCCAUGGCUCAAGAAACCAGAGCUUGUGUGAUCUUGUCUUGUUGAGCACAAAUACAUACAAUGCUGGUCUGCCAAUCGGUUGGUUGCAUUGCAGCCCACUGAGCAUUUUUUGGUCUGAAAGAGGUCUAAUAGACGUCUAAAUGUAGCCUAGACAACUGGUCUAAAAUCAAGCUACCACAGGUCUGGUUUUAGAAGUCUAAAUUUAGACUAAGUUUAGACCAAGUCUAAUUUUGGGCUGUAUCUAUACUACACUGUAUAUUGCUCAAUGGCUAUCAUAAUUAUUUUGGUUAAGUACUUGGAGAUCAGUUAUGCAACUCGCAGUUGUUUUUUGAAAUAGUUAUCGAAUAAUGGGUUAAAGUACAACGUCUAAAAAUAUACAGAAUCUAGAUGGUUAAAAUUAGGUUUACAAAACAACUAGAUGUCUAAUAGCCAUCUAAGAGCCGUCUAUUGCUCAGUGGGGGUGGUACUAUGGUCCAAUUUUUUAAAUUUCCAAAUUGUUCUCUAUUGUGGACCAGCAAGCUCACUGAGUCUUAGGAUCUCAUUUCCAAGAAGAACCACGUUAGAGUGACAGUGUAACAUAAAAUUAUUUAUAGUUGUAAUCAUAAAUUUAACAUGUGGACCUUCAAUUUCUGAGCAACUCUGCUCAUCUGUCUACAAAUCCUGUUUUGAACAUUUGUUUUCCGUUUCCCUACAGGUCCGAAAGGUCAGUAAAGAACUCGAGCUGCGAGUCAUUAAGUGGUUUGACUAUCUGUGGAAUAACGGUAAGGCACAGGAUGAAAGAGAGGUGCUGAGGUAUCUCCCAGACAAGCUGAAGGCUGAAAUUGCCAUUCAAGUCCACAUGGAGACCCUAAAGAAAGUCCGCAUUUUUGCAGACUGUGAGGCAGGUCUUCUGAUCGAGCUGGUGCUCAAGCUGAGACCGCAGGUGUUCAGCCCCGGAGACUAUAUUUGCAAAAAAGGUGAUAUUGGCCGAGAGAUGUACAUCAUCAAAGAUGGAAAACUGGCAGUUGUUGCUGACGAUGGGGUCACGCAGUUUGUUGUGUUGGGAAGUGGAAGCUACUUUGGUGAGAUCAGUAUUCUUAAUAUUAAAGGCAGCAAAGCAGGUAACCGGCGAACAGCCAACAUCCGCAGCAUUGGAUACUCCGAUCUUUUCUGUCUGUCCAAGGACGACCUGAUGGAGUCACUGACAGAGUAUCCAGAUGCAAAAGCCAUGCUUGAAGACAAAGGCCGGGAGAUCCUGAUGAAAGAUGGUCUGAUCGACUUGGACCCAGCGAACAUCAAGCCUGAGGCCAAAGAGCUGGAGGAGAAGGUUAACAAAUUGUACAGCACGAUGGAUCUCAUGCAGACCAAGCUGAAAAAGAUUCUGGGAAAUUACCACACCACCGACAGGGCUCUCCGACACCGCAUCGCAGAUCUGGAGCACCUGACGGGAGAGGAGGUAGAGGAUGAUGAGGAUGAAGGAGAGAUGAAAAAGGAAGAGGGAGAAGAGGGAGAUGAAGCAUUGGAUGAGAAGGAAAGAGAUGGAGAGAAAAAGACAGACGGGGCAACAAAAGAUGAAGAAGAGACAGCUGGAGAGGGAAAACCAGCGGAGAAAACAGACAAAGGACCGACAGAAGAAAAGGAAGAAUAG